UUAAGUAUAAUUUACUGGCGACUGGGUCCCAAAGUGAGCACCAAAAGAAAAUGAAUCUGUUUCUGCUGUUGGUAGGGGUUAUUCUAUUGGUUGUAUGUGUUGAAGGACAGUCCAGCAACGAUAACGAUAGCAACGAAAAUGGAGUACAACAAAGAGGUCGUACAUUCUUCCAGAGACCUACGUUGAGACGUCAAACAUUCAGGAGAUCUAAUGAUAACGAUGAUGACAAUGACAAUGAUAGAAGAAGACGUUUGACACUUCAACAAAACAAUCUAAGAUAUAGAAUAUUACAAAGACAAAGACUCCUCCGACAACGUCAACAGUCAAGAAAUAACGACAAUGAUGAUAAUGAGGAUAAUGAUAGAAGACGUCAGAUACUUCAACAAAAUAAUUUAAGAAAUAGAAUAUUACAGAGACAAAGACUCCUUCGACAACGUCAACAGCAAAGAAAUAACGACAAUGAUGAUAAUGAUGACAAUGAUAGAAGACGUCAGAUACUUCAGCAAAACAAUUUAAGAAAUAGAAUAUUACAAAGACAAAGACUAAUUCGACAACGUCAACAGCAAAGAAAUAACGAUAACGGCAGUAACGAAAACACACGACAAAGACGAAGGGUAUUCCGAAGACAACCAUCAUUUAAUAAUGCUCGAAGGGUUUUUAGAAGACCAACAUUUCGUCGACAAGGUCUAGUAAGACAACAACGAUUUAGGAGGGGUUGAAACGGAACAUCACAUCUGCUUAAUGUCAGCUAGUAUUUGAACACUACUGUCCAUUUUCAAUUCCAUUGUUUCCAUCAUGAAAGAUUAUGUAUAUAUAAUUUAUUGGUUUAAGGAUAUUAAAGUUUUUUUAAAAACA